AUGAUGUAUGUGUUUCACGUGGACCAAGGUCGCAUGAUGACCUUCGAUAUGAACUGGAUGUUCGAGGACAUCCGGAAGCUGAAGGAGGUGAUCGAACGCCAUCAUGCGAUACCGGCCCGCAGCAUCGUGCUGCUCGUCAGCGGUGGCGAGCUGCUGGUGAACGAUAGUCGCGUCUGCAACUACGCCACCGGUACCGACACGAACCCGAUCUACAUGUUCAGCACCAACAUCAAGGAUCUGCCACCGGCUUCAACUGGGCCGAAUAACACGGAAGUCGAUCUGGCUGCGCUGGUGCAGAAAAGCCUGGAGCUUCCAGUGUCCUACCAGACCGUGGUGGCGCGCACCCAGUUGGCUGCCAAGAUCUGCGAGAUGGCACGCGAGGAGUUUAAGCGAUGUGAAGCGCUGGUCCACGAGCAACACCUGCAGCAGCAGGGCUGGGCUGCGGUGGUCGCCAACAUGGAGGACACGGUGAAGGAGUUUACCGAACGGUGUGAAAACUUCUUCCGCUACUAUGAAGAGCAUCUGCGGCAGCGAGAGGAGCAAAGCGACAUUUUGCAGCACUUUGACAAGAAUCUACAAGAACUAGCGGACAUACCGAUUCUGUCCACUUUGAUGGAAAACGCGGAAUCGCGCCCGUACGGCGUGUUUGACGAGGUGUUCCACCACAGUUCCGCGACGGCCGGUUCGAGCUCGGUCGGCAGUGCAGGUUCUAAACCGCCGUCGGCGAGCCAAGCCAGCGAGUCGCAACAGACAUCCGCCACGAAGGCACUGGCUUCCGGCGAAACAUCACAGCCCAACGAAUCGACGACCGAUGACACGCAAAAGGCGUCCGCUGAAGCAGAAGAGUCGGCCGGUGCCGCCACACUGACGGAAACGGAACGUGCCAAGGGUAUUUCGCUGCUCGAUUGGAUAUCGGCUUCCGAGGGCCAACUAACGCUCAAGCGGAUGGCCGAAGAGUGUCGCAUCGAGCUGGACAAGUUCGACCGAAAGCUGCUCACGACCUUCAACGAUCGCAUUGCCAAAGCGGUGAACAUGUCCCAAAAUAAUGAUAUUAAGGUGGUGAAGGGCUUGGAGGAACGCCUGUGUGGUCUCGAUCAGCUGCUGGCGGAUGCGAAAAAGAUCGUACAGGACCAGAACGAGCUGGCGCAGAGCAUCCAGAUGAAUCAGACGCGCGCCAACAUCCUCGGCGAUGCGUCGAUACUGCCAGAUCUGUGUACGUCGCACCAAAACCACCUCCGGCUGAUGCUGGAUAAUCACAAAAAGAUGUUCGAUUAUCGUCGCCGCUGCACCGUGGCUAAGGAUCAGCUGAGUGAUAAUAUAACGAAGAGAUUAGCGUACAUUAUAAGUGUGGAAACGAAGGUGAGUGAGCAUGACAACUAUAUGCUGUUCUAUCGGACGUCGCUGAAGCGGCUCCAGAAGCACCUCAGCAUCAUCGAGCAGAUCCACAUGGCACCGUGCAUGUACGUAAGCGCCGUCACCGAAGUCGUUCGGCGUCGAAUGUUUUCCAGCUCUUUUCUAAGGUGGGCUUCCGAUUUGGCGUGCCGCCUGAUGACGAUACACAACGAGGAGGUCAUGCGUCGGCAGGAGUUUACUGCGCAGUUCGAGGGCCACUUCCUCAGCAGCCUGUUCCCCGGAAUGAGCGAUUUGCCACCGUCCUACGCCAUCCAGGCCCCGUCGGUGUUCGAUUCUAGUCUACCAGCUUUGGAUAAGCAGGAUCUCGAGGAGCUGUCUCGCUUUCUGCCUGAGCUGACGGAACAAAUUCCGCUACCGAAUAUAGCUUCUGUGAUAGAUUUCUUUCAAACACGAUCGGUAGAGCAGCAGCAAAAUGCGCAGCAACAGCAGAACAGCACCAACAGCACCAACAAGGACGACACUUCCGGUUCUGGAGCGAGCAAAAGCAAUGACUCCCAGGAUCCAGCGCGGCAAAGUAGUGAAAAGGUUCAGGUUGGUGCCGAAUCGGAAACCGACACGGAUGAGUUCGAGAAGGUGCACGACCAAAGCACCGAACGGCACGACGAAGCGACACAAGUCGGUGGCGGCGACGACGAGCACGCCGAGCGGAGCCUACCGGUCGCCACCUGCAGUGUGUCGACGUCGACGGAAACGGUCGAGAAGGUGUGCGCGGAAACACUGACAGAGGACAACCUUGGCAGCACGCGGCUCGAGGUGGAACGGCUGAAGGGGUUGCUGGGAAGUGUCCACGAGCUGACGCAGCAAUCGAUCAGUGUGUUGCGCGAGCAGCUGACGAGUGUGCGAACCGAAUCCGACACGAAUCGCGCCCAGUUCCAGGCGCAGCUGGGUGCCAUCAACCGGGCGUGGACCGAUAUGCAGGCGUUGGCGCGUAACCGCGAGCGAGAAACGAUCCAGCAGCUAACGGUCGAUCACGAGCUAGAGAUGAACGAUCUGCGUAAAAGCAUCCACCAGAAGGACGACGAAGUGCAGUCGCUUCGGGCGGACAACAGCACAAUGAAGGCGAGUCACAUUGCGACGGUGGCCAGCUACGAGCAAGAGAAGCGCCAGUUGAGUGACCAGAUUAGUGAGAUGCGCGGGGUGAUUGAUCGCCUGGAGAGCCAGCUGGCCGAGGCUGCCGUGGACCGGAAGCGGGCGAUCGAGGAAGCGGUCGAACAGCUCGAGCAUCGGCACCGUACGGACAUCGAAACGCUGCGCGGUCGGUACAAGCUGAUGGCAAGCGUCGACAAGUCACCGUCUGAUACGAGCCUCGAAAAAAUCGAGAAGCCGGACACGAUCGAUUUGGCGCUGCACGUACAAAUACUGGGCCAAGCGCGGGAAGAGUUUGACCAGACAUUGAAAAAUAAAAUCAAGGCGGCGGUCGAGGAAGAACGUCAACGGUGGGAGAGCAAUGCGAUCGCUGCCGGCGGCAGCGGAGCUGCUGGAAAUCGGUUGCAUCGUUCGUACACUGGCAGCGGUGGUGGUUCCCCCGGAACUACACCGACCGGUAGUGGCAGUCAGGAUGUGUACAAGCGCAUCCUGGAGGAAAAGGACCGGCAGCUUGAGGAAAUGCGGGAGAAAGAGGCACUGUUGGUGCGUGAGAAUCGGCGCAUGAAGGAAACGAUCCAAUCGCUGACGGAUCCGGAGUUGAGCCUGAACGAGACCAACUAUCGCAACCAGCUCGAAACGGUCGAAGCCGAGCGGCAGAAGCUGGCGGAUGAACUGGUUUGCCAGCGGCACACGGUUUACGCCCUGCGCCAAGAGCGACAAUCGCUGGCCCGUGAGUUUGAGAACCAGCGAAAGGACGCGGCACAGUUGGUGAGUUGCAGUGAAGGUGACACCGUGACGUUCGUCUUUAACCCGGCGUACACGCAGUACACGAUAGUGCAGGAUUCCAAGUUUCUCUUCUUCGUACACGAAAGUAGCUACGAGGAGCUAAACCUUCAGCCACUGGUACCGGGUGUAAUCCCGAUGGUCUCGUUUGGCAUCGGGACCGUGGUGUACAAGGAGUUCUGCCAUGCCCGGCGGGACGACAACCGGUAUCGGGUAGCGCGGGGUACCCAGUUCUACCGCAUCAAGCUGAAACCGAUCAGUCUGCAGAGGAAAGGCAAAGGUGGCCGUUCAUCGUCGAGUAAAAGUAGCUCCGGUAGCAGUGGCGGCGUUGUAGUCAACGCGGAGGAUCCUCGUGCGCCACCCGCCACCGUCACGAUUCAGGUGAACGAGAGUAGUGGUACCGACGGUACGCGUGUUACUACGGCCUCGACCACUACGCCCAGUAGCUAUGCCAUUCGACUGAUUGAUUCAUUCGCACAAACGGAAGUACCACCAUCGAUGAAGAUCAGAUCGCCUGGGUCGCCGGCUGGCGAAGGAAGCAAAUCACCGACAGGAUCCAGCCGCGAUAUGAUCGAUUCCGGUGUGGUGGACCAGCAGCGCAGCAGCUACCGGGAGCGCAACGUCAGCAUCACGGACGAGGACGACAUUCCGCCGGUGAUCGGGUCCGACGGAAGUAUCGAUCGCAUUCGCUAUCAGAGCGUCUGCGAAGAGGAAGACCCGGACCGGCUGGUCGACGAUGGCGAGGAGCUGGUGGCCGAAGAAAGCGGUGGCGGUGGCGGCAGUGCGACGGUCAUUCUGUCAUGCUACACAAGCGCUACUGACACCUCCAUCGUCACCAUUCGCACCGGAUUGGCGGCAUCGAUGGGUACCGACUCGAUGAGCGCCUCGGAACUGAGCGGUGGUGACUGUGUGGCGGAUCACCCACAGAACCACCAUCUGCUUUACGCUACUAACAAUCCGCCGACGAUCGCGGACGAUGUCAGUGAUUCGGCCGACUCCGAGUAUCGGUCGCUGGAAGCGAACGAUCAGGACGAUAGUGACAGUGCGGCGGCUCCGCUGCCGACGACGACGACGAGUACGGCCAGCAGCAGCGAACCGUAGACACGCCUCUUCUACGCCGCGGGGUGAGGGGGUCGAUCUGUCGCGCCGACACGAACGCCGACUGCCAAAAAAGGGUCACGGGAGGACAUGGCACAAACCCACGUGUUCACGUGCGCUGCCCUUCGCUAGACUGAGAUAAUUUUAACUGUUUUCGCCACCAUCUGACGAUCGAUUGAUCGGCGGCAACAAGAGAGUGUGCUUUUGCGAGAGUGUGCGUCCCUGCGCCUGUUUCUGUGUGGAGCUCUAACGUACUAAUUUGCUAAAAAUUCCAACCGAUUGCAGUUUGCAGUUGUGGGCAGCUUGGCAAAACGGCGUCGCGAGCAAUACGUUCGUUCAUUUCUGUUCUUCGAUCAUUUGUUUGCUGUAUUCUACUUUCCAUUCAAAUUAAAAAGCUGUAUCGUAUCGGCCUGUUCGAGGAACUAAAGCUAGCAUAAACCCAAUGCGUCUUUUAAUAAUGCUUACCUGUAAUCGGACGUUGGCACUCUAGUGGUCCAGUAGCCAAGUUUGUGUAAUACUUACUCAUUCUGUUCACAAGGCAAGGCGUAGCCGUAUUUUCAAAAAUCCUGUUGAAAGUAUGAUUUUAUUCCGUUUUUGCAUUGGAUGUCUAAAGCAUUUCGUAGAACGCGUUAGUUUAAAUUUACUAUCAACUUAUCGGGGGUUAAUUACUUGUAAAUGGCCACCUUUUCGACGACCAUUUUAUAGGGCUUCCUGAUUCAGUAAAUCUUUGCACCUGUCAGGAACACUGAAUAUGUUAAAGUUAUCAACCUAGAGCAGCUACACUACUAAAUUCGUUUAAAUUAUGUCAUUUAAUGCUUGUUGUUGACGGUUAGCUUUUCAUAGAAUUUAUUACACUAUCGCAGUUCCACAAUUGAAUGCACAUUGGCAGCUAUAAGGAAUCGAAGUUCCUCGGAAUCGUAGCUUUCUAUCCUGCUACAUCAGCGCACUUAAUGGCACUAUAUGCAGACAGUCGAUUGCCAAACCAUCCGCAAAUCCGAUCGGAAGUUACAAAGUCAUUUAGCCCCUUUUUUGGAUGCUGUCCUUCACUGAAUUGAACUGGGAAAGGGAUUCCAUUUUCACAAAGUACUAUUCCGCGACGUAGUCCACACAUUAUUUGCGCAAACGAUGUCAUACAUUCAUUCAAUUACUUCUUCAAGCACACACAUUCAGCACCGUCGACGGGUCGGCUAAUGGCGGAGUGUUGACUCUCAUUUAUAAAUAUUGUACGUAACGUUUGAAACAGCCACAUGGCGGAAGGCUUAGUUAUUAUCUGCUUGGAACAAUUAAAGAAAUUCAAUAUGAUAGAAUGCAGAAUAGAAAAAGAAAUCGCAUUGAUUAAACAAAAUUUACUUCGAAUUAGCGUUAAGCGAAACAGACCUAGAAAUAAAACCAACUACAAAGGAUACGCUUAUGAUAACCACUGGCUGCAGGGGACCUGAAAUGAGAUGCAAAGUGAAACGCAAGCGCAAGAAUCAUUCGUAGAACACGGAAACUGGUGAUAAGGCACAG